UUUUGGUUUGCAAAAUCAUGCCUAACGAAUCGUUAACCCACCAUCUUAAUCCAUUCUACCAUCUUACCCGUGUUUUUGCUUCUUUUUUUACUAAAGUUUCGUUUAAGAACAAUGUAGCGAAUAUUUAAUGGGAAAACAAAAACAUUUUAGUAAUAUGACCUCAUACUACUACGCAAGUGAUUCACAACACAAAUAACCACAGAAAAGGAAAAGAGAUAGAGAAAAAAACAUUUAACACAGCAAACCAAGCAAGGCCUACUGGGUUUCGCGCACACCUGAACCAACACUGAACGAUUUGGGGAGCAUCUGUGUCGGCGAUCGUACCUAUAAGUUACUGCUUAUCGAGUUUUACGGUUUAGAGUUAUUUUGUAACAGUUGCUACAAGUUAAGCCAUCGUAAUCGAGACACACAUACAGUUUAUUGUUUAUCGCUUGCGUUGAGAGAUUAGUUUACAAAGCUUCUAAUUAGUCAGCGAGAAUAUAAAAGUGCAAAGAACGACCCUAAUCAAGCGUACUACGGUGGACAGUAUCCACAGCAGCCCGGCUACAACCCGAACUAUCCGCCACAGCAGCCCGGUUAUCCACCGCAGCAACAGCCCGGCUACCCAUCCGGUGGUUAUAUCCCCGGCUAUCCACCUCAACAGCAGCCCGGCUAUCCACCCCAGCAGCAGCCCGGCUAUCCACCUCAGCCCGGAUUCGUACAACCUCCACCACCGGGAAUGCCUAGCGCGUACGGUACCGCGUACGACCCGGAGACGGGCAGCGUGAAGGGGUUCGAGUUUAACGAUCAAUCGAUCCGGCGUGGAUUCAUCCGCAAGGUUUACUCCAUUCUCACGGCUCAACUGCUGAUCACGCUCGGCUUCAUAACGCUCUUUCUCUACCACCGACCGACGAAGCUAUGGGUCCAAAACCAUCCGGAAAUGUUUUGGAUUGCGCUCGGCGUCAUGAUUGUGACGCUGAUCUCGAUGGCCUGCUGUGGUGAUGUGCGCCGAAAGGCACCGAUGAACUUCAUUUUCCUCACGCUCUUUACACUGGCCCAAGCGUUCCUGCUCGGCGUUACUACGGCCAACUUUAGCUCGCAAGAGGUAAUGCUGGCGGUCGGCAUAACGGCAGCCGUCUGUCUCGGGCUGACACUGUUCGCGUUCCAAACCAAGUGGGACUUUACCGUGAUGGGCGGCAUCCUGUUCGUGGCCGCCCUGAUCCUGAUGCUGUUCGGGCUGAUCGCGAUCUUCUUCCCGGGCAAAACGAUUACGCUCGUGUACGCGUCGGCCGGUGCGCUGAUCUUCUCCAUCUAUCUCGUGUACGACACGCAGCUCAUGUUGGGCGGCGAGCACAAGUACUCGAUCAGCCCGGAAGAGUACAUCUUUGCCGCGCUGAACCUUUACCUGGACAUUGUGAACAUUUUCCUGUACAUCCUUACCAUCAUCGGGGCGACGCGCGAUUAAGCUGGUGGAGGUGCGCCGUUUUCGCUAUGUAUUAUGUGUGUGUGCGCGUUUUUUCUCAUUCCAUUUGCAAGCAGAAAGUCUGCAGCA